GCUGGUUAUGCUUUUGAGUUGAUUCGCGACUUUAAAGCAGAUAUAAUCGUUGGUCCUACUUGUAAUAUUCCGUCGAUUUCUGUCGGAGCCAUUACUGCGUAUUACAAUUUACCUCUCUAUACAUGGGGAUUCACAACCGCUAACGAACUUGCUGAUACUAUUAGAUUUCCUACUUGUGUCGUACUUACCCCGAAUUACUUGACUUUGAGCUUAGCAUUGCUAGCCGUCAUGGAUCAUUUUAGUUGGGAUGCUUUUGCUUUUAUCUACUCAGCCAGCGAAGAUGCACAAAAGUGCCCGAUUUUCUUGGCAGAUGUCCAAGUAAGUUAG